UAGAGGUUGUUCUAUGUUUGAUUCCCCAAGUCAUUUCCUAGUUCUUAGCAUGUUAGCACCAAGCUAACUACCUUCCCGUAUUGAAAAUAUUUGACUUCAGCUAAUCUUACUGAGAUUUCCACGCGGGCGUUUCUUCGACACAGGGACAGGGGAGUCUCGACGGGUCUGCGGCUAGAACGCGGUGUCAGAUCUGGCCCUGGAUAGUUGAACAGUUAAUGCACAGAGUAAAGAGGAGGAAAAUCGCAGACAACACAGAGGACGGCGUGGAAAGCAUCCGAGAAGCAGCAGUAGGUAUGACAGGGGUGGACGAGCUGUCGGACAGCAUGGAGGUGGUGGAGAUGGAGGACGUGAACCCCAUCCACUUCCAAGUGGGGAAAAACACAUGGGAUGGCCUUCGGAAGAUCAUUCACAACAGCCGCCAGAACACUGGCAUGUUCAUCAACAAGGCGCCACAUGAUUUCCAGUGGAUCCAGAGGGAUGAGUCCAGCUCACACUCUCAUCGUAUCUACUACCUUGGAAUGUCGUACGCCAGCAGAGAAAAUGCUUUACUCUACUCAGACAUUCCGAAGAAGAUCAGGAAAGAUGCACUGCUGGUUUUGUCAUGGAAACAGAUGCUUAAUCACUUUCAGGCCAGUCCACACAGCAGGGGCAUCUCCCUGGAGGAGGAGCUACUGCGAGAGAGGAAGCGUUUGGGGGUUUCUGGUAUUACCUCCUAUGACUAUCACCGACCCAGUGGCCUCUUCCUGUUCCAGGCUAACAGCAGUCUGUACUACUGCCAUGAAAUCAGAAACAACAUUACUGCUCCAGUCAGUCCCAUAGAGAUUAAAAGCCAAAGUUCCGGCACACGCAUGGACCCCAAGAUCUGCCCUGGGGACCCCGACUUUAUUAGCUUCAUCAACAACAAUGACAUUUGGGUGACCAGUAUCAAGACAGGUGAAGAGAGGAGGCUCACUUUCUGUCACAAAGGUAUCAAUAACCCAAAAGAGGACCCCAAAUCUGCUGGUAUAGCCACGUUUGUUACACAGGAGGAGUUUGAUCGCUUCACUGGAUACUGGUGGUCACCAGCUGCUUCAGAAGAAUCAGAUGGAGGUAAGACUUUACAGAUUUUAUAUGAGGAGGUGGACGAGACUGAAGUUGAGAUCAUCCAUGUCCCGUCUCCGGCUCUGGAGGAACGUAAGACCGAUGUCUACAGAUACCCACGUGCAGGUAGCAAGAAUCCCGAUAUUACUCUCAAACUAGCAGAAAUCAGGAUGGAUAAUCUCGGCAAAAUAAUCAGCACGCAGGAAAAGGAGCUGCCUGUAUCGUUCACCAGUCUUUUCCCUGGUGCUGAAUAUAUCACCAGAGCUGGAUGGACAAAAGAUGGCAAAUAUGCGUGGGUGGUUCUUAUGGAUCGACGACAGCAGCAUCUCCAGUUGGUUCUCCUCCCUCCAUCACUCUUCGUCCCUGCACAUCAGGAUGAAGCCAGCAGAAAAAAGAGUCUGGAGGACCUGGGAGACAUGAUCCAACCAUUCAUCAUCUACCAAGAGACCAGUGACAUCUGGAUUAAUGUCCAUGACAUCUUCUAUCCUUUCAUCCAAACCAGCGACGACGAGAUCACCUUCAUCACUGUGAACGAGUCGAAAACAGGCUUCUGCCACCUGUAUAAGAUUACGUCAGUGUUACAGCAGGGCAGUUAUCACUGGGCUAAAGGCUACACACACUCUGAAGAUGACUUCAAGUGUCCAGUCAGAGAGGAAGUGACUGUAACCAGUGGGGAGUGGGAGGUGCUGGCCAAUCACGGAGCAAAGCGUUCCUCUAGUCCUCAGAUUUGGGUGGAUGAGGCAACAAAGCUGGUUUAUUUCCAGGGAACCAAAGACUCUCCUCUGGAACAUCAUCUGUACGUGGUGAGCUACGACUCUCCUGGUGAAAUCGUCAGAUUGACCAAACCUGGGUUCUCCCACAGCUGCUCCGUGAGCCAGACAUUUGACAUGUUUAUCAGCCAUUACAGCAGCUUGUCCUCCUCACCCUGUGUCCACAUCUUCAAGCUGACCGGCUCAGACAGUGACCCGCUACACAAAGAGCCGCAGUUCUGGGCGAGCAUGAUGGAGUCUUCUGGUUUUCCGUUCGACCACAGUCCUCCGGAGAUUUUUAACUUCACGGGGAAGUCGGGCUUCAAGUUGUACGGCAUGUUGUACAAACCACACAACCUGGUCGCUGGCAAGAAGCAUCCCACUGUCGUCUUUGUCUAUGGUGGUCCGCAGGUGCAGUUAGUGAAUAACUCUUAUAAAGGAGUGAAAUAUUUGCGGUUGAACACUCUGGCAUCUCUGGGCUAUGUGGUGCUUGUCAUCGAUGGACGAGGUUCGUGUCAGCGAGGACUCCGGUUUGAAGGAGCUGUAAAGGACAAAAUGGGACAGGUGGAGAUUGAAGACCAGGUGGAGGGUUUGCAGUAUGUAGCUGACAAAUACAAGAUUGUGGACCUGAAUCGUGUCGCCAUCCACGGCUGGUCAUACGGAGGCUUCCUCUCACUCAUGGGCCUCAUUCAUAAACCCGACAUCUUCAAGGUUGCCAUUGCAGGAGCGCCGGUGACAUUGUGGAUGGCCUACGACACCGGCUACACGGAACGAUAUUUGGACACGCCUGAAAAAAACCAGCAGGGAUACCAGGCUUGUUCUGUUGCCCUGCAUGUUGACAAACUCCCAAAUGAGCCCAACAGACUGCUGAUCCUGCACGGAUUUCUCGAUGAAAAUGUGCACUUUUUCCACACUAAUUUCCUGGUGUCUCAACUCAUUCGGGCAGGGAAACCAUACAGCCUGCAGGUUUAUCCCAACGAGCGACACAGCAUUCGAUGUCCAGAGUCUGGAGAACAUUACGAGAUUACGCUGCUGCACUUCCUCCAGGAAAACCUCUGAUAAGCCUUUCUACACAAUCUGAAUCUUUCCUUCUUUGCACCCUGACCUUUCCUCGUCUCUUCCUCCUUCACGUUCCUCCAUUUAUUGAAACAUUUUUUCACUUGAUUUUAUUAAAUCCUCAAUGGAGGCUCCGCCAAACCUCACCACACCUCAACAGUCGUUAAAUCAAUGGUGAUGUUUCUUUUUAGCGUCACUGAAUCAUGACAUAAGAUUAGUACAAUAUAGAUGUUAAUGUCACUGUCAUAAAUGAGUGUCUUGUGGUGUUGAAGCUUAGUGUUAUAUCUGCGGAACCAGCAGAGGGCGCUGUUUAAUGUAAACAAAGAGACUUGAGGCUUUCUGACUUGGUGGCAGACUGAGUGAUGCAAACUUAUAUUAUCGCAUUUUUUCUAAUGCAUCUUUCACAUAUCCAACUUCAACAAUGCAAACACAAAAAGAGAGAGAGAAGCUGUGUUGACUCUCGCCUUAGUUUCCUUUUUCCGUGAAGAAACACUGGAGCAGUUAGAAAACAUAAACCUCCACAAGAACGUAUACAAACAAGCCUCUUUUUUUUCCCUUGUAGAUGAUUCUUUAAGACAAAUGUGUAUAAUUUUUUUUUUAUUGUGUAUCAUUCCAAAAAAUCUUUUAUUGAAUUUUGAUGCAUCCAUAUCUGGUGGAAAUAUGUUGUGAGCUCUUGUUGUUUCCCCCACGGCUGCUUGCUUUAAAUCUGUGGGAACUUCUUUGUUUAUCCUCUGCUGCUGACGACCGACUUUUGCACAUUAUUUGCCCCUGGUGCCAACAGACUGAACUAUGAGAAAAUAAGUUCCACAGCGGUUGGUCCAAGGUGCCUUGUAAGCGCUUAUGGGUGCCUGCUCUUAUAGUUUAUAUCAGGGAAUCUAUCCGAGGCCCUACAGUGAUUUAAAAAAAAAAGAAGCAUUUUUUAUAUGUGGGCGUCUGAUGACCAUCGUCAAGAUGAACUACCAUCAUCUGUACUGAAAUCAAGAAGAAAUAAACAUGAAGUGAACAAUA